UUACUUCACACUGGUCCCAGUAGAGUCAGAAGAAUCAGCUGGCGGACAAGUAUGCGGACCUACAACGCUUUGAAAAUACGAAGUACUUUUGGCGAAUUCAUUUCCCUGAGAAGCCGGUGAAACUGAUACCUAUUGCAUGCAUCUGAAAGAGAGGGAAAACAGAGUAGAGAAAUGGCUAGCUGUCUUAAGAUGUCCGGUGCAAAAUCCUAUGGAAGCUGAAUCCCCACGGCCUUCUUGCCCGCUAGCCUGGUAACAGAAGCUUCGUCUGCCAGAAAAGUGGUAUUUCAUCUUCCCAAACAGAGCAAGCCCUUCGAAAGGAAUAGUCCCAAGUUGGCAACCAGCAGGUCCAAUUGCUCUGUUGCAGGAACUGCCUCCCUCAGUCCAGCCCCUGAGCUUGUAUACCCAUGGCCAUUUCUGCCUUGGCUGCCAGAGAGAUCAGAGCAUGCUCAACAAGCAGUUUUCGUCUUCCUUUCUUGGAUCAGAAAUAUCAACCCUGUGGAAUACCUUGCCAUGGGUCACAAUUUCUUUAGGUUAACCUUCAUGCAGCAGGUCACAUGCUCCCACCAUUGCAGGCUUGACCUGCCUUGCCUUCCCCAAGCCAAACUGUUGCUGCACUUUGCUGCCUGACUUUCUCCCACUCCCUGCCUCAAGCAAACACAGAUCCUUUGACUCCCUAUGCCUUGGCCCUUUGCUGUCCCUUCCCUCUCUGCUGGAGAGAGCCAUCAACAUCCCCUCAGUUUGUGCAUUAGACCUAAGGCAAGGCUAUGUGAGCAAAUAGUUUAUGACUAGUGUGAAGAUCCAGGCCCAGUGGUUAGCUUAUGGUUCAUCUUAUAAAAGACAGUCAAUUCGGUUAAUUCACUAAAACAUGAUUCUGUGUGGUAUCAGUAUAUUGUAAAAACACAGUUUUACAUCACUAGUGCUAAAUUUUUCUACAUUCAUGUUUGUUCUUUCCAAUUCAAAAGACAGAUGAAACCUUUCAGUAGCACACCUUGGGAUGAGUCAAACAAACUGCAGAGGUACAGUUGAGCCAAUUACAGCUGCCAAUACACUACUUUCUAUACAGUCACUAAAGAAUUUAAUUUUAUAUAUGAUAAAAUUCCUCUACAGCAACCUUUCAGUUGUUUAGGAAUUUGUAAAAUCUGCAUUUAAAUAUAUACACUAGUGACCCAUGACUUUUUCACCCUUUGCACAUGCUGGGUUUAGGAACUCAUCAUUACACAUAGCUGAAUGUGUGCUAAUAUCUACUACUAUUUAGAAUAUUUACAAACAAUGGUGAAUAUACAUGUCCCAGGAUAAUGUUGCAGGAUCCAAUCUGGGUCAGUCACCCGGACCAGAGAUUUGGUCUUCUGAGCUUUUGGACUCAUACUGGAGUCCAUCCUCAGGGAACAUCUCUCAAAGCACAUACUCUGCUAGAGAGAAGUUCCUUGAGGAUAGGCUCCAGUAUGAGUCCAAAAGCUCAGAAGACUUAAACCUCCGGUCCCAAUGACUGCUACGUACAUUUAAAACGAAACUAGAUUUGUUGAUUUAUUACAUAAUCUGAAACAUGCAUUCACUCUAAAUCUUGUGACUAACAGAGAACAAUCAUGAUUCCCACAGUAAUCCCCUGUGUCUUCAAGGAAGUACAACACGUUUUCUUGAGAUAACUAUCCAACAAUAGCAAAGGGGUAGUCAUUUAUGGUCUAGAUCUUGUUGAGCAACCAGCAUCUGUAAUGGAAUGAAUAGAGCAUAGAAAGUUUGCAGCUAUUCCAGCAUCUUCCAGGGUACCUUGCUGGUACUGUGCUUGCACAUUUGGAGAGUCAGUCUAGUUCAAAGCAUGACACAAAUUUAUCAAGGCUAAAAAUUAGCACUAUCCAUUUAUAAAUUUGAUAGAUGAGGGUGAAGAUUCAUUCUCCAAGCUUGUGGCUUGGUUUCCGAACCUUUCAUUACCAGGCUAGGUAACAUUUUCAGUGGAGUUUAGGGGAUGUUAGUGUCAGUGUUCUUCAGGUGUCAAAUAAGGGUCUUGUGAUGGGUCAGGUGUGAGUCAUCAGUGAGAGGCUUGUGAUGGGGAGGUUACAUCAGGUCAGGGUCAUUGGGAGAAGAACUGCUGGUGGGGGGGCUUAUAUGGGUUGAUUGAGGGUUGAUGUUGUCUGUGAUUGGCUGUGUGGUUGAUUUGGAUUCUGAGGGGUUUGUAGGCUAGUUGUAAGUCAAUGUGUCUGUUGAUGGAAUUGCUUGUAGAGUGCCAGGCUUCAAUGAAAUCAUGAGCAUGGCCAAUGAUUUUUGUGUUGCUCCAAUCGAACUGGUGUUGUUUGGUGUGAGUGUGGGUAGAGAUUAAGGAUUUGGGAUUGUGGUGUUUGACUGCCAGCCAGUGUUUGUGGAUUCUGUCUUUUAAUUGACAUGAUAUUUGUUCCACAUAGAAUUGUUGCAAUAGUUACUGUGAACAUUUAGUUCCCCACCCCCUUUGCCUUGCCCAUUUCAUAGAGCUAUGUAUUACAUCAGGAAAUGGUUUGGGGAGGAAAUAGCUUGCAGAACCUGUGAGGAACUCUUAUCAUAACAGUAAGGGUACGUUCAUAGAGGCAAUUUUCUCUUCAGAAGUUCCUGAGCCAAGGGCCUGCAGUCAACAUGAGAUAAAUCACAAAAUUGAUGGUUUCAGUUGAUUCAAAGGAUCUGAAUGGUAGGGAAGGAUGUCAGACCUUUCUCUGUCGGCUGAUAAUGUAAGCCAAGCUAUGGCGGAACUACCAGAUGCCUUUGAUUUCUCCUUGCGUGAUGAUGCCAGCUCUCUGGGCUCCGACUCUGAGCUGAAUGGCAUGGCUCCCUAUCGCAAGACGGAUCGCUUUGGCUUUAUUGGGGGCAGUAGCCUCCAGAAUGGUCAAGAUCAUCACCGCGUUGAGCUCAUCCGACACCGUGAAACCAAAUGGCUGGAAAUGACAGCUCACUGGGAGAAAACCAUGGCCCGGCGCUAUAGGAAGGUAAAGCUGCUGUGCCGAAAAGGAAUCCCUUCCUCUUUACGUGCACGUUGUUGGCCUCUGUUGUGUGGAGGACAGACCAAAAUGGAGAGGAGCCCUGGAAAGUACCAGGAAUUGCUUGAGGUACCUGGUGAUCCUCAGUGGGUGGAGACUAUCACAAAGGACAUUCACCGCCAAUUCCCUUUCCAUGAGAUGUUCCUGUCUCCUGAAGGUCCUGGACAGCAGGGGCUGUUGCAGCUGCUGAAAGCCUACACUGUCUAUCGGCCCCAAGAAGGUUAUUGUCAAGCUCAAGGACCAGUGGGUGCCUUGCUUCUCAUGCACAUGCCACCAGAGCAAGCUUUCUGGUGCCUGGUACAGAUCUGCGACCACUAUCUGCCUGGUUACUACAGCCCCGAAAUGGAGGCGCUGGUGCUAGACAGUGAAAUUUUUACGGCUCUCCUCCAUCGUGUGUGUCCCAAGGCCUUUAAGCACUUGCAGAAGCAUGGGGUGGGGCCUUUGAUGUACAUGCCUGAGUGGUUCCUGUGCCUCUUUGCCCGCACGCUGCCCUUCCCCACAGUGUUGAGAGUCUGGGACGCCUUCCUGAGUGAGGGGGUCAAGGUGUUGUUUCGUGUCGGUCUGCUGUUAGUCCGCCUAGCCCUGGGCUCCUCUGAAAAACUACGUGGCUGUUCAGGAUUGGUGGAGACACUGGAGAAGCUACGCAACAUCCCAUCUCAGUUUCUGCAAGAAGACAGCUUCAUGGCUGAGGUCCAUGAUGUGCCCAUCUCAGAGAGUGACCUGGAACGUGAAUGUAGAAUCCAGCUGGGAAAACUGUGCAAAACUCAGCCUAAAUUCCAGUACAGCUCAAAGCAGCGCCUUUCUGGUGCAAGGGCCAUCUUUGACGUUCAGCAACUGGAGGAUGCACAGAAUAAUAAGACAGAGAAGGAAAUUCACUCACAUACUUUCCACAUCCCCAAAAUCAAGGUAGACCCACCUCCAUCAUCCCCAGAGGAGCAGAAGAGGGCCACAGAGAUGCAAGGUCAGAAAAAAGAGCAGAAAAGGAAGAAGCCCGACACACGGGGAAAGACUUUCCAUGCCUUUGAGCAUCCCAGGGGUAGAAGGGAAAGAAAGCUAGAACCAGAAGCCUCAAAGUGCAAGUCGUCUUUUUACUUGGAGGCAUGAUUCUCACUCAGGGCAGAGAAGACAUGGAACUCUGGGACAACAUCAUGCAGCAUUUUCUCACUGCCCUGCUCUGGUUAAUGGAUGAAUUCAGGAGCUUCGACAUAGCCUGAGUUGAAGGCAAUCCUAAAUUUCUAGCAAAAAUGGGUUUCCUAAUUUAGGAGCUUCCUCUUUCCGAAGCCUUUACCUAUAACCCUGCUUGAACACACACACCCCCACUCAUUUUGGCAUAGUGUCAGAAGGAGUAUCCUUGAUAAUUUGGAAACAUGGUAGCUCUCAUUUAGCAACUGCCUUGGACAGAAAGCGGUGAUGAAAAAGUAAUUGUGUGGGAAUCUUUGCAGAAUCUGUAAAGCAAAGGAAAGCUGAAGUAAAAUUGUAAAA